UGGAAGUUUUGCGGUUCUGCGGCUUCUUUAUUUUUUAUUCUGUCUUUCCUCGAUUUUCUCGAUGAUUUUUCCGAGUGUGUAAGCGUGCGAAAAUUAGGAAAAACAACGCGAUAACAUUUUUGAGCAGAAAGUUUAACUAAUUUUCCUUCAGGUAAGAGAUGGCGCUCAUUGGUAAAUUUCGGAAAGUAAGCACGGGACAGUCAAAUUUCUAUUCCUCAAGGCAGCUAUUUUGUAGCUCUGUCACAUUUAAUAAAAUAUAAAAUAAAGUUUUUGAGAAACAAAGUGAAUGUGUGCAAGUUUUGAAGUAUCGCGGCAAUGUCUUCACUCGCUCCUACAGAGCUAUCUAUUACCCCAGAUGAGGGAGAUAGCUCGAAAAUUACAAUCACCACAAAUACCAGCAAACUCAUAUUGGAAAAUAAUUCGCCCGAUGUUACUAUAUCAAAGCUAGAGGCUCCUGGAACUUUCACAAAUUUAACAACCACCAAUUCACAAAUGACAAUGAAAACUCAGGUUUUGCCUCUUGUAUACAUACAAAAUCCUCCAAAAGUACCUUUUGCGACCACCAACAAUGUUAUUGUUAAUAAUAUUCCUCCACUGCAGUUUGCUACUUUAGGGGGAAAUAUCACAAAUAAUACUCCUACUACAACUGUAAAUCAAAAUGUUAUUUUUGCAACAGGCAGACAACCUUUGUUAUUUCAGAAACAGGGUAAUGUAGUUCCGAUUGUUCCCUCAGGCACAAAAAUCACAGGUGCUUACCUAACAAUGCUAAAACAGGUGCAGACACCUAAUGAAACUACAGUAAAUAAAAUCAUAGCAAACACAGCUAUGCCAAAACUGCAGGAUUUUUCGGUAUUGAGCAAUAGCAAAUAUAUACAACAUCAAAGUACUUCGCAAAAGUUUGUGAUAGCCCCAAUGCCUAAAUUGACUACAAACCGCUUGCCUGCCACAGCAACUACAAACAGUGUACAACCAAAAAUAGCACUAUUACCAAUGCCUGUUCCGAGUACAGAGCCAAUGGAAACAAAAAAGGUAUAUAAUUUACAAAUACAAAAUGAAUCUAGUAACAUGGCUACAUCGGUUUGUGAUCUUUCGAAUGAUAACAGCUUAGAUGCUGACAGCAACAGUGAAAACUUGGUUUGUGAUGAGGUGAUAGACCUAGAAAGUCCUGAAAAGAAUGAUAUCAGCAACCAAGCUUAUCAACUGAGUAUUGCUGAGGAAUCAUCAAAUUCUCAAAGUGAUGUCAAAAUAGGCAGCAAGAAAGAUUGGCCAAAAGUUCAACAUGGGGUUUCCAUAUUGAAAAAGCAUUACAUAACCGAAAGGAAACUUGAAAAAUCAGACAACAUUACUAAUAGUUUAAAUACAGUUUCAGAGAAUAAAGGAGAUAUGAAGAAACAGGAAGAUGAAGAUGUUAUUUUAACCAUUCCAGAGAGAACAGAAAAAGAACGUCGACGAAAAUCUAACUUUUGUUACAGGAAAGAUUUUGAUGAAAUAGACUUGACUGUUUCCACACCAAAAACAGAACCAGCUCCUUAUGAAUCUGUCAUCACGAAAGUGAGUGCAGAAAAUCCAAAGAAAAAUCUCACAAAUGAGUUGGAAAUCGAGCUGAUCAAUGACAAAAGUGAGGCUUCUUUUCAAGGAGACCAAGACACUGAUUUGCACAAAAUCCUUUCAUGGGAAAAUGGUGUAGGAACUUUGCCUGGUUCGAGCAUAAGAUUCAUCGUAAAUGAGUUCAAUAUGGUAGAGUACAUAACUGAUAAUGAAUACAAAGCUCUGCUCGAGAAAAAAUCUCUCAAAGAAAAAGAGUCAAAAGCUGAUGUCCAAGAAGAAAUGAGGUGCCUAGAAUGUGGAUGUUUUGGUUUACCAUCCGACUUCUUCAGUCCCAAAUACUGCAGUUACGAAUGCCACGAUAUAAAUUUGAAGAAAAUAAAGCAAAGACGACUAGAGAAACAGAUGAAAGUAAAAAAGAAGAGACAAAGGGAAGAUGGGAAGAGUGAUUCAAGAUUCGAGAAAGAUGAAGAUAUGAGUGACGAGGAUUCCAAUGAUAAUUCUUCACAGGAUAAAUUUUCAGAUAAGGCAACAGCAUAUCCAUGGGCAUGUAAGAAGAAAGGGUUCUCAUGGUCUAAGUAUUUGGAUCAUGUUAAAGCUAAAGCAGCUCCUGUGAAGUUAUUCAAGGAUCCAUUCCCCUAUACUAGAAAUGGCUUUAGGACAGGGAUGAAACUGGAAGGCAUAGACCCACAACACCCCUCCUAUUUCUGCGUGCUGACAGUAGCCGAGGUGGUAGGUUACCGUAUCCGAUUGCACUUCGACGGAUACCCGGAGAACUACGACUUCUGGUGCAACGCGGAUACGAUGGACAUCUUCCCCGCGGGCUGGUGCGAGAAAUAUGGACACACGUUGCAGCCGCCUGCGGGGUAUACCUCGGAGGAGUUCAACUGGGUGCAGUAUUUGAAGCAGACCAGGUCCACUGCAGCGCCGAAGCAUUUGUUCGCCAACAGAGCCGGACAGGCGAUUUGUCCGAACGGGUUCAGAGUCGGCAUGAAACUAGAAGCAGUGGAUAGGAAAAAUACUGCAUUGGUGUGCGUCGCCACAGUCAGGGACAUGAUGGACAACAGAAUUUUGGUGCAUUUCGACAGUUGGGACGACAUCUACGAUUAUUGGGCGGAUCCGACGUCGCCGUACAUUCAUCCUGUUGGAUGGUGUGAUCAGUACGGGCAUAACCUCACGCCUCCAAAUGGUAAAAAUUUCCCGAAUCCGGAAUUGUUCACAUGGGAAUCAUACCUGAAACAAACCAAAUCGGUGGCGGCGCCCGUCCGCGCGUUCAAGCAACGCCCCGCGUGCGGUUUCAAACGCGGCAUGCGCCUGGAGUGCGUUGACAGGCGAGUGCCGCAGUUGAUACGCGUGGCGACGGUGGACGACGUCAAGGAGCACCAGAUCAGGAUACACUUUGACGGAUGGCUGGAUCGGUACAGCUAUUGGGUGGACGAUGACAGUCCGGACAUACAUCCGGUCGGGUGGUGUCAGAAGACCGGACAUCCGAUCGAGCCACCUUUGACUCCAGACGACGUGUAUGACUUUCUGGAAUGUCCGACAGUAGGAUGCAGAGGGUUAGGCCAUAUCCGAGGACCCAAAUUCGGUACUCAUUCCACGCAAAAAUAUUGUCCGUACGCCGAGGAGAACAUAGACGUAGAGAAGAUAGUACCAGAUAGGCUUCUCAGUCCCGACAGGACUCCAGCCUCUGUAGAGCCCAUCAGUAGAGAACCUAAGGAAUGCAAACUUAAACCUAGAGUGGGUCGACCUCCGAAGAACCCUCGAUUGGAACCUCCUCCAAGAUUGGAAAGAUGCGGGGAACCUCCAGAGAAAAAGGUGAAACGUCAAUUGAAGAAAGUGAAAUCCGAACGUUUAGACGCAAAUGAACAAAAAAAUCGAGCGUCGGAGCUUAUCAAUUUUAUGAAAAUUCCACCUGCUGAAAGGGAAUCCUGGGCGAAACAUUCUCAGUUCCUUAAAAGGUAUAUAAAAAUGGCGAACGAUCCAAGACGAUGGUCGAACAGAGACGUUAUGGACUUCGUUCUAGGACUAUCUUGUUGUGAUAUUAACGUCGAUGUGUUUCGAAAAGAGCAGAUAGACGGCGAAGCGUUACUGGCACUGAGCCAAAAGGACAUUUUGUCGAUGCUCAAGUUUAAAAUGGGACCAGCUGUGAAACUGUACAACAGCAUCGUUUUACUCAGGCAACGGGUGGACGAGAAAAGAUAUGUGUAAACGAAAAAAUGUGAUCGAUUGUGGUUUCUGAAAAGUGAAAAAGUUUUAAGAUAGAGCUGCGAGAGGGUUUUUUAAAUGGAUCGAGGAUCUUUUAUAACAGUGCAAAAAUAAAUUUCAUUAUGAGGAAAGUAUUUAUAAAUUAUAUUGUUUGGUGGUCUCAAAGUAAAAAUACGGGAAGAACAUUACUUUUCAAGAUUCUUGUUAAGAGCGUAAACUAUUUUUUGGCAAAAUGAAUAUACCAUUUUCUAUAAGAAUUUGUUCAAUGAAAAAAUAUUCAAAUACAUUAUUUGGAGCACAUUCUUUUCGAGAAGUUGAACAUAAGCUGGCUCUAAUUAUUACAAAAAAGAAAUCUUUCAAAUUUUGUUUUAAUUACAUUCUAUUAUUUUUCAAUAUUUCAAAGUAUUUUGUUUGAUAUCAUGUAUGAUGUAAUCAUAAUUUUUCUAUUGGAAUAAGUUAAUUUGUAAAUCUUGCUUUUUUUUUCAACAAUGUGUUAAAAAAUCAUUAAUCAUUUUUUGCUGGAUAUCAUGAUACUGAUAUUUUUCUAUUAGACAAAAGCUUUUACGUUUUGAUUUAAUUACAUUCUAUGAUUUUUUCAAUAUCAUAUUCAAAACAUUUUGUUGGAUAUCAUGUAUGCUGAUUAUUUUUCUAUUGAAAUAAUUU